AUGUUUGAUUACCAUUAUAAAGUGAUGAAGAAAUUCUAUGGUCCCAGAAUAUUUCUUAUGUAUACCGAUACAGAUUCAUUGAUAUACUAUAUUCUGACGCGGGAUUUUUAUUCUGACUUGAAAAAUAAUCCAAUCUUACUUGACCGCUUGGAUACAUCAGACUUACCGAGUCAUCACCCAUGCUAUAUGACCGAGAGGAAAAAAGUACCUGGUUUCUUUUCAGAUGAGACAAAAGGUCGUGCAAUGAUUGAGUUUGUUGCCCUGAGAUCGAAAUCAUAUGCCUUUAACAUCGAAGGAGGAGAAAAAAUUAAAGCUAAGGGGAUUCGGUCUCACGUAGUCAAACACCACAUGACCAUAGAAGAUCAUAAAAAAUGUUUGUUUGGUGAAGCUGGAGUGGAGGUAUACAAGGAAAAWGUAUCUAUUCGGUCAUUCAAACAUCAGUUGAUGACGAUAAAAUCAAGAAAGCUAACUUACAACAGUUAUGAUGAUAAGAGAGUGGUAUUAGACGAUAAAAUCCAUACCUUGGCUCACGGACACUAUAGUUUAGAGGAUGAUGACGAGCAGAUUGUUGAUUAG